UGCCGAUAAGGUCACGCCGCUCCGAGCUCCGCGCGCCGCUCCCAUGCGUUCGCGCCCAGGCCUCGUGUGAUCAACUGCGGCUGUUUUCCCCCGAGCUGAGCUAAAUUCUUUUAUUAAUUUCUCGUUGCGUGUUGUGGUUAUCAGUAUAUUUUUGUCGUUGUGCUUAUUUAGAAGUGUGAGUUUAGUUUGAGAAAGUUUUGAGGAAGAUUUAUGUCAAAGUUUUUCGAAAGUUGAUGGGCAGGUGAGGCUGGAAGCCCAACACUGCUAGUUAGUGGCCGGAUUUCCCGCUGGUGAAGGUGUGUCGCCAUGUAGAGGCCGGAAUCAUGUGGACAUUAUGAUGAAUGUCGCGUAAACUGCCCAACCUUUGGAUUCGCGAGAACAGUUUGCUUGACGGCGCCGAAGGAGGCGGCGAAGGAGCAGCCGAAGGAGCCAUGAGGCGCGCCGGCGAGUCACCGGUCCGGGUCCUGGAGACCAACAUCGACUUCCCGCUGUCCGUGAACGGCGACGUGAACAAGGGGCCGAACGGCAACAAGCGCGGCUCGCUGCACGACCACCACCACCACCACCUGCACCACGACCACCACGACCCCGAGGCGGCGGCCGCCACCGACACCAUGCUGUCGCACCACAAGUACCCGCUGCCCGCCGACGACGACGAGGAGGAGCCGCGCCCGCCCGCAGGCAAGCUCGGCAAGGUGGCCAGCAAGCACGGCCUCACCAAGAAGGGCCUCACGCUGCUCCUCAUGACGCUCUGCCUGUGCUUCCUCCUCCUGCUGGCGCUGCUGGUGAUGGCGGCGAUGUGGCCGAGGGAGCAGGAGGAGCCCAAGAUGGAGAUCUGCCUCACGCCGGACUGCCUCCGCGCUUCUGCUCAGCUGCAAGGGAAUCUCGACCCUGAGAGCAAGCCUUGCGACAACUUCUGGUCGUUCUCGUGCGGGGGGUGGCUCGAGGACAACCCCCUCCCCCCCACGCGCUCGAAGUGGUCCGUCAAGCAGAAACUCAAGCAUCAAGCGCUGGCGGAGAUGCGCGAGCUGCUGGACACGAUGGACGAGCCGCAGGACGUGAACAGCAUCGAGUGGAAGCUCAAGACGUUCUACUGGUCCUGCAUGAACGUCCACUCCUACAUGAAGAGCGGGAUUGACCUCAUCAAAAGGAAGAUCAUCACUGAGUUGUACGGCUGGAACCUGAUGCGCGACACGUGGGACCGGCGGCGCUGGGAGUUCGACGUGGUGAUAACGCGCCUCCACGCGCAGUUCGGCGUCUCGCCCUUCUUCAAGGUCACGGUGGUGCCCGACCCGCGCAGGGAGGGACACAACAUCAUCAAGCUCUUACCGUCGGGAUUCUCAUUGCCUCACCGUAGUUAUUACGACCGUAUGCCCAACAACCCGUUCCUGCACAUUCGCCUGCCCAGGAAGCUGAAGAAGGGCAAGUCUGUGUGUCUCGGGCCUCCUGAACUCUCUGAGCUACAGCAUCUUCAAAAACACUUGUUCCAAAUGAAUGUGGAGCAAGCCUACAAACAGUAUAUCAAGGACACUGUCAAACUCUUCGACGCAAGUGGACCCGAUGCAGUGGAGUUCGCCGCCCACCUGUUCCACUACGAGAGCAGGAUCGCUGAAAUCACGCCUUCAGAGAGAAUCCUGCAGGACCCCUUGGCUUCGAACCAUCUCAUCUCCAUCGGCGAACUCUCGCAGAUUGCCAGAAGCAUCCAAUGGCUAGACCUUCUGCGUCACAUCUUCCCCAACAGUAAACUCGACCACAGAACAGACGUGUUGGUCGUAUCACGUGACUACUUCAGCGAUCUUUCGGAACUGAUCUCAACAACGGACAGGAGUUUGUUGAACAACUACCUGAUCUUCAGCUUCGUGACAGCUUUUAUGCCCUAUUUGUCUGCAGAAAAUAGGAGAGUUCUGGAUCUCUAUCACAGGGAAUUUACAGGCCGCCAGGAGCCGAUGGAGCGCUGGGAAUUCUGCAUUCAGUCGACGUCCAAGUUCUUCAGCUUCGGCCUCGGGUCCUUGUACGAGCGCUCGCCUUCAAGAACUCGGGCUCGACAGCGCAAUGAAGAAGUUAUUCAACACAUUUUCGGCCAAAUCCGCAACACUUUGGCCACAAAUUUGGUUAACAGCCGCUGGUACCCACUCGAAGUGAAGGCUCAGCUAACAGCAAAGUUGAACAAUAUGACUAUAGCAGUUGGAUACCCUGACCGCCUGCUUGAUCUUAAUGUGAUCAAUGAAUAUUAUGAAGACUACACCAUUUUCAUAAAAGAUUUCUUCCAGAAUUUGCAGGAUUCCAUACGAAAUGCUAGAAGGCAGCUGGAACUGAAGCUGAUAGACCCCAUGCCAGAGUCGUCGUGGAUGCAUGCUCUCACCGGGGAAACCAUCACCUAUAUCCACGAGGCGAAUAAGAUUGUCAUCCCCCCUCAUCUCCUCAAUCCACCUCUGUUCCAUCGCAAUUAUCCCAUGUCAAUGCUCUAUGGAAGCAUGGGAGUACAGAUUGCAAGAGAGAUUUUACGGUCUGUCGACUCAAUUGGGCUGGCAUGGAACAGUAGAGGGCAGCUUGUGAACCGUUCAGUGUAUACAAACAGGUCAAUGGACAACCUGCUAAGCAUGGCAGGCUGUGUUGCCACUGCCACUAUGGAACUCUCAAUAGAAACUGAUGCCGUUGUAGACAGAACCUCCCUUGACACAGCUGCAGAGGUUGAUGCUGUGCGGCAGACUUACCAGGCAUACCUCUCUCUGAUGCAAAAUGAGCCACAGCCGCAGCAUCCAAGUUUUGAAAGCAUGAACACCACAAAUAUCUUCUUCAUGUCAUAUGCAGGGAGUUUAUGUUCAGACACAGCAAUGCAGCAAGAGGACAUAGAACGGACAUGUAACUCAUCACUGAUGAAUAAACCUAGGUUGGAGGCAGUGUUGUCUCAGCUUAAGGAAUUCAGCCAAGCAUUCUCCUGUCCGAAGACCUCCCGUCAUUAUCCAAGGAACUUGUGUCCCCAACUGCACUGACCUCUACAGUACCUCUAUCUUAAGCCCUCGUCACUUUAGAUUUCAGGAGAGUCGAAAGGUCUGGGGAUGUGUUUGGUAAUUACCUGUUUCAUACAAUUUUGAUCAUUUUUUUUUAACUACUAUGAAAGGUCCACAUAUGGAUGGUUUGUGACAUAUUAUUAUUCUUCAACAAGGAAGUUACAAGUAUAGCAUUAUUUGUAUUCUUAUGCUGUAUUUAUAUUUUAGAUAUACAGUUGCCUUGUGAGAAAGGUUGGGGGUAUAUAGAUGAAUGGGGCUUGAGGUAAUUACUUAACUUUUCUUUAGACCUUUCUGUUGUGUUCAGAGAGUGCCUGCUUAAGAAGUCAGGAUUUUGUAUGUAACCUGAGAGAAAAAAAAUGAAAAAAAAGGAAAGGAGGAAGAAUAUGUAUGUAUGUCCACUAGAACUCAAAACUUUAGCCUGCUUAGAUUUUAUACUUUAUGAAAUUUUCAGCCUUUUAUUCAUGGAAGUCAUUUGUCACUAUUUUUUCAAAAGUUUUUUCUCUAGUUAUAUUCCCAGCAGUAGAGAAAAAUCUUUAGGUAUCAAAAUGGAAGCUGAAACGUAAACCAGCUCUGUAAGGAAUACAAACGACUACCGAGGGCUACACUUUUCUGUAGCUCUGUAUGCUGCUAUGCUGUUUUUUUGUACUACAGCUGUAUAAGGGUCCAUUGCAGUAAUGGUUAGGGUGUAAGAUGCGUCACAGUGUAACUUAAAUGGUAAGCUUAAUGGGGCCUUCUUGUUAUAUUCUAGUUAUCCGAGAAACUGUUAUCCAUGUGUUAUGAUUUAAACUCCCUAAGUUGAAAAUGACGACCCUUGGAAAUGCAAAUUUGAAUAGCAAUAAUGUUUUUUUUUGGGGUGUUACUGUAUAUAAACAGAUUAAGGAUGAUGCCAUCUGUUGUUUAGUUGGUGCAUAAAGUUAUGAUUAAUUACAUUAAAGCUUUGUACUUAUUGAGUUGACUUUCAAAUAUGUAUUUCAGAUUUGCAUUUUUUUUUUUUUAUUUUUCUCAGAUUUUCAACUUUGCUGUUAUUCAUACUAACAAUAACCUGUUACUAGCUAGAAAUCCAUAUAAAAGGGUAGACAAUGUACAAGUUAACUGCAUAAUGGAUAGAUUAAGGUAUCCAUUUUCUCAUGGCAAAGCAAAACAAAGAUCAAAGUGCCAUAGAGAGAGAAAGAAAGAGAGAGAGAGAGAGAGAGGUUCUUCCUCAAAAUAUAAAGGUUGCAAGCACUUGGUUGAGUGAGCAAGAACUCAAUGCAACUAAUGCCCAUGCAACCACAUCUCAUAUCUCAUAUUCUCCAGCGAUAAGGAUAUCGGGGGAUGAACGAUUGUUCCCUAAUAACACAAAGAACCAGAGUAGAAAACAGCCCUUCCAUGUAAGUAAAUGGAUAAGGCUUCUGCAGCCCAGUGGAAUCAAUUCAGAGUUUUUAAAAAGGUUUUAGCAGAGGUGACCUAGGUAAUAUAACUUGUUUCUAAGAUUUAAUGUUGUACAGAAAUAUGUAUGUAUGUUAUGAUGUGUGAAAGAGGAAUGGACUCUAGAUUAACAAAGUUAACAAUACAAUUCAUUAUACACUAACAAAUAAAUAUAUGAAUAGUAGAUAAAUUUGGUGGGAAGAUAUUUUUUACAAUGUUGAAGCAACUGGCUUCUUCACAAUUUUUAUUAUUUUUAUUAUUAUUAUUAUUACUAUUAUUAUUAUUACUAUUAUCAUUAUUGUUAUUAUUGUUAUUAUUAUUGUCAUCAUUAACAUUAUUAUUAUCAUUGGUAUUAUAUUCAUUAUUAUCUUCAUUACUAUUACGGGCAUAUUUAAAGAUUUGUUUUGACUUUGCAUGCCAAUUAUGCAUGAACUUCUGCCUUCAUCUGAUUUAAAUUGAGUUAAAUAUUGUUCACUCAUCCAAGUUUGCAUUUUUUUCCAUUAUCUCCUUUUCUCUUUUGGAUGAAGAAGUCGUUGCAUCAUAUAAAAGUAGUUUUUUGUGUAAAUAAAGACAUAAGAAGGGAAAUAAAACUGUAGUUAGCUUUACAUACAAUGGAAGUAGCCAGUUUAUGGUUUGAUGGGCUGUGAUAUCACAUGCAAAUUUAUAUUAUAUUAUAUUGAUAUUGUAGGCAAUGAAUAUUUGAAAUGGCAAUAAAAGAAUUAAUUUCA